GUGUGUAUAAAUCAACAUCAAAGCACAUGUAUUUUCUACCCAAACAUACAUAUAUCUUCCUUCAUUUGAAGUCGGUAAUGUGAAUAAUGAGUGUAGCUUUUGUUGACGGUCCUGUGGUAGAGGCGUUUGUGAAUGAUACCAAAUCUUUUAACCAUUGGAUCGAUGAAAAGUUCAAGUCACUUGACGUAGAUAACACAGGGGAGUUGUCACGCGAAGCAUUGGGAGAUGGGCAAGGAAAGUUUGGAUCACAGGAGUUUGAGUUGCAGUCUCGGAACGAGAAACAUAACUUGUACAAUGCCGUUUUUGAGAGAUUCGAUGUGGAUAAAAAUGGAACCAUUGAUCGCGAAGAAUUUAGAGAAUUGAUGAAAGAGAUCAUGUUGGCUAAGGCUCGUUGCAUAGGGAAAUCACCUGUCCUCAUUAUUCUUCAAAUGGAUAGCUUGCUUAUGAGAGUCGUUCAACAUCUUUCAGAUAGUCAAUAGGAAAAAAAUCUUCUCUUGCUUUAGAUGUUAGAGAAGCAUAUAUAGAGCCCGUUUGGUAGCACGAAAAUCGGUUGUUUUGACUGAUUCUGCUGAAAUUUAUGAAGUUCUCGCUGAAGUGGC